AUGGACAACUUCCACUAUGCCCUAGCCGCAGAACAGCUGCAAAGCUUCCAGGAAAACGGUUAUCUGCUGGUGCGCGGCUUCUUCAACCCGGAAGAGACCAAAGUCCUACAGCAAUGGGCACUGGAAGUGCAUGAUCUGCCGCAGACUCCGGGUGUGCCAUGGAUGCCCUAUGAGGAAGUGAAUGGACAGGGCCAACGGGUUCUGUGUCGCACGGAGAACUUUGCAAACUCUCACGCGGGCUUUGACAGCUUCCUUCGGGGACAGCGAGCCACGAGUGUUUUGCAACAGCUGGCUGGAGAGGAGAUGCUACUCUUCAAGGAGAAGAUCAACUAUAAGCUUGCCGGGAGUGGUGGCUUUGACCCUCACAUCGACGCAAAUGCCUACACGCACGUGAAGAACAUCAAGCAUCUGACCAUUCUCGCUGCUGUAGACGAGAUGAACGCGAUCAACGGGGGUCUGGAGGUAGUCAACGGCAGCCACCGUAUGGAAGUGCCUCUGGGGGCCGAUCGCUGCAUUGAGCCCGCAUGGGUUGAUAGUCACAGAUGGACCCCGUGCGACUUGCAUCCAGGUUUAGGCGACAUUCUGGUCUUCGGAUCUUACCUCGCUCACCGUAGCGGGGCCAACACCAGCUCCAAGGAUCGCCGUGCCAUCUAUGCCACAUACAACUGCGCCACAGAGGGAGAUUUGCACGACGAAUACUAUGCCGAUCGCCAGAAGCUUUGGCCGGCAACUCAUAUGCGCAAGGAGGGUGAGUCGUAUGAGGAAGGACGAACACGUUACGCUUUUGGGACUCCCAUGCUCACUGUGGAUGGAAAGCCAAGACCUGUUGCUACAGCUUAG